AUGGUAGCCCAGCUACCCCAUCCACCCUACCCUCUUCACCCCAGCGUCAAGGAUAGACUGCAUCCCGACUACGUCGCCUUCUACAACAAGUUCAUGCUAAAUGAGCAACAAGUCCAUCAUCUGCCUCUCUCGGUGGCUCGAGGCCCCCGGAACCUGCCUCAUUGCCACAGCAAACCGCUGCCUGUGGGCAGAGUCCAGGACAUUUCCAUAUCACGACAAGAAACCGCUGGGCCGAACAUCCUCAUCCGUUGCUUCACCCCAUCGGGCAUACCACCCCGAUCUGGCUGGCCGCUUGUGCUGUAUUACCAUGGCGGAGGGUGGGUAUUCGGCGAUAUCGACACCGAAAACACCGUUUGCACCAACAUGUGUGCCCGAGCUCGUUCUGUGGUCAUCACCACUGACUAUAGGCUCGCGCCCGAGGAACCGUGGCCAGCAGCAAUCCAUGACUCGUGGGAGGCCUUCCUCUGGUCGACGUCGCAGGGCGAGGAUCGGUUCGACUUGGACCUGAACAAGGUGGCCAUCACCGGGGCCUCGGCCGGGGCGAACAUCGCGGCCGUCAUUGCACAGAAGGCUGCGCUGCGUCCGCAACCGGGGGUCUCAAUCCGGUCCCAAGUGCUGGUAGUACCGGUGACAGAUAACACGGCGACGCCCUACUCGAGCCCCAGCUGGAAGGCGUUUGAAUUCACAGCACACCUCCCCGCGAAAAAGAUGCUUUGGUACCGGCACCACUAUCUCCCAAACCAGGCGGAUUGGUCGCAUCACGAGGCGUCGCCCCUCUUAGCGCCGGACGACGUCUUCGAGCUCCUGCCUCCCUCGUACAUCAUCGUUGGGGAGCUCGACGUGCUGAGACACGACGGCGAGGAAUACGCGCGGCGUCUCCGCGCCUGCGGCGUCGAGGCCCGUCUCACCGUGAUGGAAGGUAUGCCGCAUCCCUUCCUCGCCAUGGACGCUGUGCUGGAGGCCGGCAGGACGGCUAUCACAAAUAUAUGCAAUGAGCUGUUAAGGGUGUUUGCGUGA